GCUGUGGGAAGGUUCUCUGUGGUAACAAGACAUAAUAAUAAUAAUAAUAAUAAUAAUAAUAAUAAUAAUAAUAAUAAUAAUAAUAUAUCUUUAUUUGUACAAGUGCAUGUACAAGGUAUACAUGUACAAGGUAGUUCUACAGUACAUGUACAAGGUGUACACUGAACCAGGAGCAUCACACAGGAGGCGCUGCUGGGGAAGGUUCACUGUGGUAACGACAGACAUCACUCAACCAAAAGAAGCGUCAUAAUACAUCCCAGCUCGUGCAGUUAUCAGAUUUGGAAGAUAUCUUUGGGAAAAGAAAGGGAAUCAACUAUUAAAGAUAUGCCUAAUUCUGAUGAUGUUAUGAAUCAUUGAAAUUAACAUAAAUUAUCUGAGGAGGCAAGAUAUCACAACUGCAAGACUGCAACCACUAAAAAAAUGUACACUUGUUUUGAAUGUGGUGUAGCUUUUCUCACCCAAAGUGAAAUUGUAUGUCAUAUGGCAGCUCAUGAAGACAAAGCUCACACAUGUACUAACUGUAGGAAAGAAUUUGCCAGUGAACAUGAUUAUCUUUCACAUGUAAGAUCAUAUUGCAUUAAAAAUAAGGAUGAAUGCCAGCCUAAUAAUAGCACUGUUUCUCUUUCAUGCAAUGAGUGUGGUAAAAUAUUUACUAAUAAGAGUAAGCUUGUUUCCCAUAUUAGAACUCAUACUCAAAAAAAGACAUACAGUUGUAGUAUGUGUGGUGGGCAGUUUUCUAAUAAAAGUACCCUAAAUUCUCAUGUAACUCGUCAUUCUAGUGAAAAAAGUCACCACUGUAGUGUCUGUGGCAAAAGUUUCUUUAAUAAGCACAAUUUAAUUUCACACACUAGAGUACAUACUGGUGAGAAACCGUAUCAGUGUAAAUUUUGCAGUAGACAUUUUUCGUCUAAGUCUACAUUAAAUAUUCACAUUAGAAUCCAUACUGGUGAAAGGCCAUACAGAUGUAAAGUUUGUGGUGAAGCUUUCCUCCAAAAGAGUACUCUCACCUCUCAUAUGCUCAUACACAUGGAUGACACACCACAUAAAUGCUUAGAAUGUGGCAAAGGAUUUUCCUUUGCUAGUGGCCUUCUCAGCCAUAUGAGAAUGCAUACUGGUGAAAAACCUUUCCAGUGCAGACUUUGUAGUAAAACAUUUACAAAAAAUAGCACUCUUAAAUGCCAUAUGAAACUUCAUUCAGGAGUCAGGCCAUAUAAAUGUGAAUACUGUGGAAAAGAAUUUUCAUUAAAAUGUAACCUAACAUCACACAUGAAUGUACAUACCAAGGAAAAGAAAUAUGCAUGUAAAGAGUGUGAUAAAGUAUUUUUAUACAAAUGUAAUUUGACUUCACACUCAAGAAUUCACACAGGUGAAAAACCGUAUCACUGUAUGGAAUGUGAUAAAGAAUUUAAUAAGAAAAGUUCACUUACAUCUCAUAUAAGAAUGCAUACUGGAGAAAAGCCAUUCGAGUGUAACUAUUGCAAAAAAGUAUUUUCGCAAAAAAGUUCAUUAAUUUCACACAUGAGUAAGCACUUGGAAGAAGCACCAUAUAAGUGUCUGGUGUGUGGCAAAGGAUUUACAUUUUCCAGUAUUCUUAAUUGUCAUAUGGCUACACACACAGGUGAGAAGCCUUAUAAGUGCAUGAUUUGUGGCCGAAGAUUUGGAACAAAAGGUAAUUAUAACUCUCAUGUAAAAUUACACAUGAAAGAAAAGUCAAAGUAUUAUAAAUUACUCUCUCAUGAAACCCAUAAACACUUUCCUAUUCUUUCACCAUUUGAAUAUGUGGAAUGUAAUAUUGAUGCACAACCAGACAAACCUUCACAAAUUGAAGCUUUUGAGCCUUCUUUAUCAAAGUCUGUGCUCCCUGCACUCUGCAAAUCUAAAGGUACAAAUGAAUAUGAAGGUACUUUGCUAGAAAAUUAUGAGAAAAAUCAGGAAUAUUUAAAUCUAAAAAGCUUUGAAUCAAAUUUUUCACAAAAUUUUGUCAAAAAAGAAAACACAGACCUUCACAUGAUUGUUAAAGAGGAAGUGGACAUAUCAUCUGACUAUCAAGAUUAAUAUACUGUAUUAUACUCCUCUCAAGGGAAGUGCCUUGAUGCCAGUGAGAGGUUCUUGAUCCAAGGAAAAACACCUAGCAUAAUAGUAAUAAUUGUUGCUGCUGAUUUAGAAACUAGGUUGCAGUGGGUAAAGUUUCAGUAUAUUUAUUUAUUGACAAUAAAAAUUUGCAUUUCUUUUGAAAUAUACUUUACAUAAAAGUUACAAUUCAUUUAGUUACAGUUUUGAUACAGCUAUGUUACAAAUACAAGUUGAUUAAAUUCAAUAAAACUGUAUGUUCAAAAGAAAGCCAUAUUUUUUUUUUACAGCAUUUCAAACUAAUCUUAAAACUUACAAACUACAGAACUUAAUUCUAGUCAUAGCAUAUAAAUUUAGGCAUUGUGUGAUAGUAAAGUGUGAAUAAUUCAGUUCCAGUUAUUAUAAGGUAAUUGGGAUAAAGAUAUAUAGGUAUUAAGAGUUUGCUUGCUGUUGAAAAGGAAUUUACAUUGAGUAUGAAGAGAGAUUUCAAAUGACAUAUUGGACAAUUAGACUAUUGGACAAUAGUUUUUCCCAAUUUUUUUCUCAAUACUGUAUACACUCCAUUCAUUAAUACAAUACUCCUUCAUUCUAAGUCUUAACCCUUUGGCUAUCUGUUAAAAAGAACUACGUUGUUAACGCCAAGGUCCGUCAUGCAGAUCUACAUCAUUCAGAUAGGCUGUGAGCAGUAAAUUUUGACAAAGAUAUGAGAGAAGGGGUCUAUUGUGAAUGUGCAGAGUAAAAAAAAAAAAAAAAACCUGCCUCAUGUGGUGCAUGAUGGGAAAAGUAAAACUCUGACCUUAUGUUUGGUUUAAAAUAGCAAAUUUGAGGGCUUUUUUUAGGAUGCUUUUUAUGGUUUUAUUGGCAGGUUCUUGGUAUCAUCUGAUAGAAUGGAAGACAUUCUAAUGAAUUAAGAGAUGAUUUUAGCAGGUUCCAAGAUUGUAAUCAGCCUCAAAGUAGUGGAACUAUUUGAUUUUUGCUGAUAUUCCUAAUGAUGGCUAAGGCCUUCCUUACAUCCAUGGUCUGUUGUAUGGGUUUUUACUAGGUCUGAUUCAAAUAUUGGGAUGCUGUAAACCAUAACAAAUUAUUCCUGGUUAUAUUUUAAUAGAGAAAUCUUCGAUGUUUUGUGUGGUGUAUUCAAAAUGGAAGGCAGAUGUAAUAUAUGAGAGGCUUGGGGAUGCAAUUAUUGCACAGAGUAAAUGUUUUAGUGCCUGGAAUGUCUACAGUGUUUAUAUUGGACUGGUUUUAAGAUUCUUUAUUUUAGCAUGAUACAAUGUUUGUACAGAGGUUAAUGAUAUUUAGGUGUACAUGCAGAAAGCCUCUUUAACUCUUUGACUGUCGCGGCCGUAUAUAUACGUCUUACGAGGUACCGUGUUUGAUGUAUAUAUACUCAUAAAUUCUAGCGGCUUCAAACCAAGCAGGAGAAAGCUGGUAGGCCCACAUGUGAGAGAAUGGGUCUGUGUGGUCAGUGUGCACCAUAUAAAAAAAAAUCCUGGAGCACGCAGUGCAUAAUGAGAAAAAAAACUCCGACCAUUUUUUUUAAUUAAAAUACCGACUUUGUGGUCUAUUUUCGUAUAGUAUUUAUAGUUGUAUUUUCGUUUUCUUGGUCUCAUUUGAUAGAAUGGAAAACAUAUUAUAGAAAUAGAGGUGAUUUUGAUUGAUUUUACUAUAAAAAGAACCUGGAAAUGGAGUUCAAAGUAGGGGAAAUGUUUGAUUUUUGCCAAUGUUCAAAAGUAAACAAAUGAUGUCAUUGUCCAAUAAAUGUCCAACUAGCCAUUCUAAUAUGCAGUCAUGAAUGGGUUGAUGUUAUUUAUACAAUUAUUACAGUACUGCAGUAGUCUGCAUAAUAGUAAGUCUUCUAUUUUUUGUUUGAAUAAAAAUUCAAAAUAGAAAGCAAGAGUAAUAUCAGAGGGGCCUGGAGACAUGACUGAUGAACAAAGAAAAUGUUAUUUUAGAGCCAGGAAUGUCUGCAUUGUUCAUUCUGGACCUUAUUUUGAAAUUGUCAUAUUUUUUAAUUUUCGUGAAAUUGGCCAAAUUGCAAAUUUCUGACCACAUUGUUGGGUAGUUGAAAUCGGUAAAUGGGCAGUUUCUUGUACUCAAUCGAUAGAAAAAAUGGAGUUCUAAAGAAAUAGCAAUGAGUUUGGUCGACUGGAACAACGGAAUUAGGUGAAAAUAGGGCUCAAAGUGGGCGAAAUUGCCGAUUUGUAAAUAUCGCCGAGGUCGCUAACUUCGCGAGAGCAUAAUUCCGUCAGUUUUCCAUCAAAUUUCGUUUUUUUGGUGUCAUUACAAUCAGGAAAGAUUCUCUAUCAUUUCAUAACAAAAAAUAAUUUUUUUUUUUUUUUUUUAAAUUUUGCGACGCCAGGAGACACCUCAGGAUUGGGGGUUGCGACAGUCAUGGGGUUAAUAUGCAGAGCAUUUCAGUCAAACUUAAGACUAUCUUAAGAUUAAUAAAUCAGUGACUAAAAUUGAGUGCUUUAUUUACAGUCUCUUAGGUGGUUAUAAAAAUAAAUUUAGGAGUUACAAUGAAUACAAGAGAAUUGAAUAUCCUAUAAAUACAUUCUCUAUGGCUCUUAUCAAGUUUAAUUGUUUUAAGAAUUACAGCUUUGAUUAUGAUUACAGGUAAUGAGGAUUCUAGCAUAUUAACAUAAUGUCGACACAUUCAAUGCUUUAAUGGUUGUGAGGAUUACAGAUAUUGAGAAUAAGAUUAUAUAGUUUUCCAUAUGUUUGUGACAAUGAGAAUACAGAUAUAUAGUUUUCACAUAUGUAUUUAGCUGAUGUUGGGAUAUGUUAGGGAGAGAAUGUGUUUUUUAAUGGUAGUUUUGAAGAUGCUGGCUGAAAGAGUGGCUCUGGAGAUUUCCAGUAGGGAGUUCCAGAUUUUGGGCCCUUUUAUGUACAUGAAUUUUUAUAAAGAUUAAGCCUGACAUUGGGUACAUAAAAGGGCUAUACACAGUCUGUUGUAUCAACAUAGGCCCUCUUUCCCUUUUCAAAAACCCUGAUCCAGAGAUAAACACAUUGGUACUCUUAAGUGUCUUCAUUCCCACUUGUCAGCUCUUCCCAUUGUCUGCGUAUCUCGGAUGUGAUCUGGUAUUUUUUUAAAUGCAGAAAUUUAAUUAUAUGAGCAUUGUUCUCAUAGUUCAUUUACCUAAUUAAGAUGUUGCUCAGAACAUUUGACAAGUAAAGUACUGUAUUCAGUUUGUAUAGUCAUGUAAGGUAUAUACCGUACUAAAAUAUCUAAAAGCAUUACAUGCAUCACUAAUAAUUAUUGCAGUGCUUGAUUUUGGUAAAAUCUAAGUGAUCAUUGGUAAUGAUAAUUCAGCACAUUUCUGUUAUAUAGUGUCAUUGUCUUAAUUUAAUUCUGGUAAUUGUAUUUGGGAUGCACUGAAGAAAAUAUAUUUUUUCUUAAAGUUU